AUGCACACGCCGAUCCCAAGCCGGACCGGUCUUUUCACCCUGCUUUCCGCGCUACUACCUGCAGCGGAUGCAGCAGCAACAGUGAUCGGGGCGGCGUCGGCAAGUCCACCACUGCCGGUGCGCCUCAUUGCCUUCCCUCCUCCCCACCUCCCCUCCUCUCCGCCUCUCCGCCUCUCCGCCUCAGCACCGUGCCCCAAGUUGCUUCCUCUCCGCACAUCAUAUCCCACCCUCCCCUCUCCCCCUCCCCCUCCCCACCUCACUCCCCCUUCCCCCUCUGUCACCUCUCUAUCCCCUUCUCAAUCUUUCUUCCCACCCGCCUCCCUUUCACCCUUACUCCUUUUCCCUUCCUCCUCCCCAUCCCCUUCUCCACCUCCCUAUCCCCCUUCCCCUCACUCCUCCCUCCCCCCUCCUUCCCUUCUCCCUCCCCUUCACAGCAUGCCACAGGCUUCCACGCACGCUCUGCUCACAUCUGCCUUCUUCCAUUUGCUUACCACCCUCCCUACCCCUGUUAUCCCAUGCCUCUCAGCACAUGCCCGUGAUUCCAUUCCUCCCCCUGCGUACCCACUUAUCACCCCAUGCCCAUCUCCCACUAUCCCCCCAUCCUCCCCUACCUCCACAUCUCCUCUACCGCCCUUCCCUCCAUUCCCCCCUUCCCCAUUCCCCCAAUCUUUCCAUUCACCCUUCCUUACAUCCCCCAUAUCCCCCCGUCCCCCAUCCCGCCUUCCCCAUCUCCCAUCCCCCAUCACUCCUCCCCCCAAUCAUCUUUCCCCUCUCCCUCCAUUCCCCCAUGUCUCCGUCCCCCAUCCCCCAUGCCCUGCAGUGCCGCUCCCAUCGCCUGCACGUUCAACUGCCUUCGGCCCGUCACUGCCCAACCUGCUCGGCCUGCACUGUGGGGCUGCUGGAUGCCGACGUGUUCGGCCCCUCAUUGCCCAACCUGCUUGGCCUGCACUGUGCCACUCCCUCCCUUCACCCCUCCCUACCGCAGUGAACCUAGCAGUAGCCCUUUCACGCCACAUGCGCCUGCAGGUGGGGCUACUAGACGCGGACGUGUUCGGCCCCUCACUGCCCAAGCUACUCGGCCUGCACACAGCUGGCCGCCCCGUGCUGGCAUCACCCUCCCCCAAUGCGCGCAUGCUGCCACUGCAGGCACACGGCGUGCUCUGCAUGUCCAUGGGCUUCCUCAUGCCUGCUGACGUGGCGGCCGUGUGGCGCGGGCCCAUGGUGAUGGCCGCGGUGGAGAAGCUUGUAAGGGGGACGGAGUGGGGGCGGCUGGACGUGCUCGUGGUGGACAUGCCGCCCGGCACGGGUGACGUGCAGCUCAGCAUGAGCCAGAGGGUCCGCUUGUCAGGAGCGGUGGUGGUGUCGACACCGCAGGACCUCGCACUGAUGGAUGCGCGGCGGGGAGUGACCAUGUUCCGACAGGUCAACGUGCCGGUGAGCCAUGGGGUUGUGGGAUGGUGGGCGAUGGGGUUGUGGGAUGGUGGGCGAUGGGGUUGUGGGAUGGUGGGCGAUGGGGUUCUUGGAUGGUGGGCGAUGGGGUGGGUGCUCUGCUGGUGGGAUGGUGCAAUGGUGGGAGCUGUGUUGGGAGUGGUGGAGAACAUGAGUUACUUCACCUGCCCGGCCUGCUCCCACCGCUCAAACAUCUUCGGCCAUGGAGGGGCCCGACAGGCUGCCGCUGACCUGGAGAUCGAGUUUCUGGCAGAGGUGCCUCUGCUGCCGUCCAUCCGCAGUCGCUCAGACAGCGGCCUCCCCGUUGCUCUCGGCGCCUCAGCCGCUGCUGCUAGUGGGAUAGAAAGCAGGGCAGCAGACAGUGGGUCGGCUGAUAGUGGUGCAGCCGAAGGCGGGGCAGCCCAAGUAGGGGGAACAGAAGCUGGAGGGGCAGAAGGUGGGGGAGCAGCAGAGGAGGGGGCAGGCACUGGGAGUGGUGGGGCAGAGGAGGCAGUGGUGGCGACAUAUGAGCGCAUGGCGAGGAGGGUGUGGGAGAAACUGGAGGAGCGAGCACUUGAGGGUGGAGGCACGACGAGUGAAUUGUGCUGGAGCCCUCCCGCCUACGCACGUCCGCGUGAUGCGCUCAUCCGCCCCACGCGGUGCCCUGCCCUGACCUGCAGUGAAGGGACCAGUGCGAACGCGGCUCAGGUGCGGCUCGGUGCCCGCCCCUCUGUCCCCUCCCCACAACCCGGCUUAUCACCUCUCCCACAGAUGCCGCACGCGGCCUGCUUCUAUUCCCCGAUCCGCCUUCCUCCCCCGUCUCCACUUGCACUGAUCAUCACCCCAGGGGGCGUAAUCUCCUGCACGUGCCACGGAUGCCAGCAGUGGAAGGCCUUCACAGCUGGCAGGCUGAGCUGGCCUGCCACGUGGCAGGUAGCCACUGGAGCAGGCGAGGGGAGUAGGGAGGCGAGCGAGCAGCAGCAGGAACAUCCUGAUUCUGAGAGGCACCGUGGGGGGUGCGCGGUGGGAGUGAUGCCAGCAGUGGGAGAGGGGGGGCAGGGCAGUGGGCCGGGCAUGGCAGCAAGGGUGCACUACGAGGUGCUCACACAGGAGAUGCUGCUCGCCCUCGCUGCUUACAUCCGGUCAGACACUCACACUCCAAUGUCCGUCAUACUCCAGUCCAGCAAUCCCAGCCCCUCCUUGUCUCUCUUGUCUCUCUUCCUUACUGCCGUGGUUGCUGUCUCCUGUAGCAAUGGAGCGGAAACUGUCGAAAACACUGGAGAAUCCGGGGCGAGCGUGCAGGGCACUACAGGCGCACGAGUGGGCUCACAUCCCUCACCGUGCUGGAGGUGGGCCGCUGCCGCUGCCGCUGCUGCUGCUGCUGCCGCCGCCGCCGCUGCUGCUGCUGCUGCUGCUGCUGCUGCUGCUGCUGCUGCUGCUGCUGCUGCUGCUGCUGCUGCUGCUGCUGCUGCUGGGGGUGCAGUGCAGGCAGGAGCGAGGCACAUUGUGGCGGAUUCGUGCUGCGAAGCUUCACACCCAAGCUCCUGCUCGUUCAUUCUCACAGUGGGGGUUUAUCUCUUCCUUCCCUGCACCUGUCCAUUGCAACCUUACCAUGUCAUUCUGAGAUCUCCCUCCCCUCCCCUGCCUCACCAUUUGCUCAGAUACUCACCACUCUCUUCUCCUCACCCUCAACUGCCAUUGCUCAGAUGGAAGCAUGUGCCGGCAUGCACUCCUCAGAUGGAAGCAUGUGCCGGCAUGCACUCCUCAGAUGGAAGCAUGUGCCGGCAUGCACUCCUCAGAUGGAAGCAUGUGCCGGCAUGCACUCCUCAGAUGGAAGCAUGUGCCGGCAUGCACUCCUCAGAUGGAAGCAUGUGCCGGCAUGCACGCUUCUUCAUAUCUGCCCGUCUCCACUCCUCUCAACAAUCUUCAUCUUCUCUCGCCCCUCCCGCGUGCGGCAGGCAGGUGGGGGCAGGCGAUGGCCUGCUGGCCUGCAAGCUGCGGCAGUGCUUGCGAGAGUGGGGCGCAGACGGGGAGGGUGCAGAGUGGGAGGGCGAGGAGGGUGAGAUGAGGGAGGAAGGGGGACAACAACAUGAAGAACAGGGAGGAGGGAGGAGGAAUGGCAGGAGGAGGGACACGGAGAGGGGGACUGGCAGUGAGUGGGUGAGGUUGGAGGGGCUGUGGAUGAGAGUGAUCGCCACUGAUGCCAUGCCUCGUAGGCUGCCUGGCGGUGUCGCUGCCACACGCAGCCUCGCUGGUGCCGACUAUGGUGAUUCGAGGGAGGGCAGUGGAGGUCCAAGGGAGGGCAGCGGAGGUCCAAUGGACAUUGAUCAUGUGGAGGCAGGCGAGGAAGUGAUAGCGUGUGAUGCAGAAACUGCCAUUGCGGCAUACAAGCCCCAUAUUGUGAUCGCAUGCUGGAUGCCCCUAGGAGUGGACUGGACGGUAGCCAUGCGGCGGCAGGCGUCAGUGAGGGAGUAUAUCCUCGUGGGGGAGAAGGAGGGCGGCAUUUGCGGUCAUCACCUGCUGACGUGGCGCUUCCCUGGCUUGAAGACGUGGCGACGGGGUGGCAGGCUGAAGCGGAGAAGAGAGAGGGCAGAGAAGGAGAAAGUAGAAGAGGAAUACGCGAAAGAGAAAGACGGGGAGGAAGAGGAGAAAGAGAAAGAAGAGGAGGAAGAGAAAGAAGAGGAGGAAGAGGAGGAAGAGGAGGAAGAGGAAGAAGAGGAGGAAGAGGAGGAAGAGGAAGAAGAGGAGGAAAAGAAUGAUGAGGGGAAAGAGGAGGGUGCGGGGGAGGGCAAGGAGUGGAAGCAGGAUGACAAUGAAGUGGAUAAUGGGGGGGAGCAAUUGCUGGUUUGUGCUGUAGCAUGUGGCAUGUAA